UAUAAAGCACCAUGCUUCGCAAACCACAGACGUAAACGAAUCUAGAGAGAGCAUUCAUAUAUAGCCUUUUAUCUGAAAAAUGAGGUUUUUUCAGGCUCUCAUCCUCAUCCCUAUUGCCAUAUUGGCUUUGGUAAUUUCCUUUGCUGAAGCUUAUGAUCCAAGUCCACUCCAAGAUUUCUGUGUCGCCAUUGAUGACCUAAAUGGUGUUUUUGUGAAUGAUAGGUUCUGUAAAGACCCGAUGCGAGUCAAUGCAGAAGAUUUUUUCUUCUCUGGCCUCAACGUGCCUGGGAACACCAGUAAUCAAGUUGGCUCCAAUGUGACCACGGUUAAUGUUGAUCAGAUCCCAGGGCUAAACACCAUGGGCAUAUCAUUGGUGCGCAUAGACUACGCUCCACAUGGACAAAACCCACCUCACACGCAUCCCCGUGGCUCAGAGAUCCUUGUCCUUAUCAAAGGAACAUUAUACGUCGGGUUUGUCUCUUCCAAUCAAGACAAUAACCGUUUAUUCGCCAAAGUAUUGCAUCCUGGCGACGUAUUUGUGUUCCCCAUUGGAAUGAUUCAUUUUCAGGUAAAUAUUGGGAAAGUCCCUGCCGUUGCUUUUGCAGGAUUGAGUAGUCAAAACGCUGGUGUAAUCACAAUCGCAAACGCUGUGUUCGGGUCAAAUCCUCCUAUAUAUCCAGAAGUUCUAGCCAGGGCGUUCCAGUUGGAUGCAAAUAUUGUCAAAGAACUUCAGGCCAAGUUUGGUCCAUGAACUUCUAAGUCGUUAUGAGUGCUUAUCAUUGAUAUAUGCACUUAAACAAUAGUGUACAACUAAAAAUGUUAUGUCAAAUAAAAAUAAAGAAAUAGUGUUGUUUACCUGAUUA